AUGGGCGCCCAAACUGGUUUGGAAGAACAGUUCGGGCCGUCCCCUUUGGGCGAAUGGAGGGGGAGCACAGUGCGCAGCUCGUGCCGCGAUACGCGUGUAUUCAAGAAUACGGUGUCGGUGGUCGCGGAGAUCAACCGGGCAAUUCAGGGAGGGUGGGGCGAGAGCCGGAGGUGCCCAGAAGCUGACGCAGUCGGCGUGGAGGCGCGGAAGGACGAGAAGGGCGACAGAGUAGUGCGGUGUGCAGCAGGCCGGGUGGCCCGGAAAACCCUCCCGAACGCCAUCUCAAGAAGGCGCGAAGGACUGGGCCAGCGCGACGAGCGGAAGAGCCCAGUGCGGCCAGUGUGA